AUGUCGUUCCGAGGCGGCGGUCGCGGCGGUGGCCGUGGAGGCGGUUUCCGAGGCGGACGAGGUGGUGGCUACGGCGCCCCUGCAGGUCCCCCGGCCCAGGUCCUGGAGCUGGGCACCUUUGAGCACGCCGUCGAGGGCGAGAUGUUCUGCAAGUCGACCAACGUCAAGAUUCCCUUCUUCAACGCGCCCAUCUUCCUCGAGAACAAGACGCCCAUCGGCAAGGUCGAGGAGGUGCUCGGCCCCAUCAACAACGUCAUGUUCACUAUCAAGCCCUCCGAGGGCAUCGUCGCCUCCAGCUUCAAGGCCGGCGACAAGGUCUUCAUCGGCGGCGAGAAGCUGCUUCCCCUCGACAAGUUCCUGCCCAGGCCCAAGGUCCCCGGGGAGAAGAAGGUGAAGCGCGCCGGCGGUGCUGGCGGCCGUGGAGGACCCCGCGGCGGCGGCUUCUCUCGCGGUGGUGGCAGAGGGCGAGGCGGCCCCCGCGGCGGCAGCGGCGGCUUCUCCCGAGGAGGUGGUCGUGGAGGCGGUGGUUUCUCCAGAGGCGGCGGCGGCGGCCGAGGUGCGGGCGGCUUCUCGAGAGGAGGCGGUGGCCGAGGCGGCGGCGGCUUCUCCAGGGGCCGUGGCCGGGGCGGCUACUAG